AUGACUAUCAGGAAUGUGCGGGAUCAUGGUCAGCGGUACAGACCACGAAUGGCAUGCCUGAAAAAGGUGGAGGCUCUGGUCUUGGAGAUGCAAGACCCUAAGACGGGAGUGAAAUCUCAAACCCAGAGACUUGUCAUCACCACAAUCCCACAUGCCAUCACAGGUGAGGAUAUUGUUGCCUGGAUUGUUAACCGGUUUAAAAUAGAUGCUCCUGAGGCCCAAUCCAUUGGAAGCAUGAUGGUGGCCUUCGGGUACAUUUAUCCACUGCAAGAUCACAAAAGACUGAUUAUUAAACCAGAUUCCUCACUCUACCGUUUUCAGACACCGUAUUUCUGGCCUGCACAGCAGUGGCCAGUGGAGGAUACAGACUACGCAAUCUACUUAGCAAAGAGAAACAUCCGGAAGAAAGGCAUGUUGGAAUUGCAUGAACAGGAACAGUACAACAGACUUCACAAAUGGAUGAACCACAAAUGGGAUUUUAUUGUGAUGCAAGCCAAAGAGCAGUACAGGGCCGGUAAGGAGAGGAAAAAACCAGACCGUGUGGUGUUUGAUUGCCAGGAGAGGGCUUACUGGGUCGUCCACAGGCCACCACCAGGAACAGUCAGCGCCAUGGAUUAUGGAUUAGAUCGACUUAUGGAUCCCAAUAUGGAGGAGAAAAAGACGCCUGACUACUACAGAAGAAUUAUUAUUUUUACUCAUCAGUGCAUUAUGAGGCCAAGAGUGAAGUCAUCUGUGUCCAUUGGCGCUAUCGUGAAGUACGCGACGACCUACAGGCAGCACGACCCAUUCCUUUGCGCUUGUCUGCCAAGUAACCCUUGGCUGACAGAUGACGUGACCUACUGGGACCUCAACAAGCCAAACGUUGAAAUCCCCACUAAAAUGAGAGUAGAGCGCUGGACGUUUAGCUUUGGGGAAUUGCUCAAUGACCCUCGUGGGCGGGCCGAUUUCCGUCUUUUCCUGAAAAAGGAGUUCAGCGGUGAGAAUCUUGCCUUCUGGGAGUCUUGUGAGGAUCUGAAGUGGGGUGCAGCUGUGACCAUGAAAGAAAAGGCUCAACAGAUCUAUAAGACUUUCUUAGCUCGUGGCGCCCCCCGGUGGAUAAACAUUGACGGGAAGACUAUGGAAAUUACCGUGAAGGGUCUGUCUCAUCCCCAUCGCUAUGUACUGGAUGCGGCUCAAACUCAUAUCUACAUGCUUAUGAAAAAGGAUUCUUACGGCAGAUAUCUAAAAUCCCCAGUAUUCAAAGACACUCAGAAAAAGGCCAUCUCUCCUGAGCCACACAGAUUCAGUGAAGCGCAGCUGGAGCAGAAUGCAAAGAAGCGACGGCCCAGUCUGAGCCCCAUCCUCCUCAGGCAGCAGGAGGAGGAGCAGAAAGCCAAGCUGGCCGCCAGCGGUCCCGUGGACAUCACACAGCUGUGUCGAUUCACCGCGCCUGUGCCUCACCUGGCGGUUUACACCGGCAUCUGUGAAGCACAGACCAACGCCUCACCGGGCCUUAUGACACUACCGAACAGUGCCGCCUGCCCCUCCCCUAUCAGCGUGGCCAUUGACAGCACACCUGCCUCUGAACGGAGGUUCGAUGGUCACGGGGGUCCCGCCUCCGCUCAUUUUCCAUCCAUCGCAGAGAGCGCAGAGGCUUCGGCCUCCGAGGAGAGCCAGCCGCCGGCGUCUAGGUCUCGUGUAGCCUCGUCGCUGAGCCGUCUCCUCCGCAGAGGGUGUGUCGCUCAGUCGGUCUUUGCCAGUCUGUCACCGAAGUGUGCCGUAGCGGCAGGUGGUGGAAAAGUGCAACCCCUUAGCACGGAGCCUCUCACACAAAGCCAACCCAGGAGGAUCGCAAAUUUCUUUCAGAUUAAAGUUGACAUCCCCCCCGAGUGUCGCAUCUACCCCAUCGACUCCGAGGACGAGGAGGAGGAAAGUCCGGGUGCGGCAAGAGGAGGUGUGAAGGAGAUCAUAUGCCCUUGGGAAACAGUGACUAAACAAGAUGGAGCAGGAUAA